AAGAAAAAAAGAAAAGGCGCCGGUGUAUUCUUAUCUUGCAGCAAAAGAAACUCCGGGUACUUAACAGAUCGGCGGUGAUAGAUUAGGAACUACAAGUGAGUGAUAGACGAAUGUCAGGGAUGGAACGCCUUCAGAGGAUGUUUGCCGGUGCCGGUGGUGCGUUGGGACACCCUCCCCCGGACUCCCCCACCUUAGAUUCUUCCGAGCAGGUCUAUAUCUCCUCGCUCGCGCUCCUCAAGAUGCUCAAGCACGGAAGAGCUGGGGUUCCGAUGGAGGUGAUGGGUUUGAUGCUGGGAGAGUUUGUUGAUGAGUACACGGUUCGUGUUGUUGACGUCUUUGCCAUGCCCCAAAGUGGUACUGGUGUUAGUGUCGAAGCCGUCGAUCAUGUUUUUCAGACCAACAUGCUCGAUAUGCUUAAACAGACUGGACGGCCUGAGAUGGUCGUGGGUUGGUAUCAUUCUCAUCCAGGGUUUGGAUGUUGGCUAUCUGGUGUUGAUAUUAAUACACAACAGAGUUUUGAGGCUCUGAAUCAGAGAGCUGUCGCGGUGGUCGUGGAUCCAAUCCAGAGUGUUAAGGGGAAGGUGGUGAUUGAUGCUUUUCGUCUAAUUAACCCUCAGACUAUGAUGCUUGGGCAGGAACCACGCCAAACAACUUCCAACCUCGGGCAUCUUAAUAAGCCAUCUAUUCAAGCGUUAAUCCAUGGGUUGAACCGACACUAUUACUCGAUUGCAAUAAACUACAGGAAGAAUGAGCUUGAGGAGAAGAUGUUGCUCAACCUUCACAAGAAGAAAUGGACUGAUGGUCUGACACUUCGCCGAUUCGAUACCCAUUCGAAAACCAACGAGCAGACCAUUCAAGAAAUGCUGAGCUUGGCUAUCAAGUACAACAAAGCAGUCCAGGAGGAAGAUGAGUUGCCCCCUGAGAAGCUCGCAAUAGCAAAUGUGGGCAGACAAGAUGCUAAGAAACACCUUGAAGAACAUGUCUCCAACUUGAUGUCAUCAAACAUCAUCCAAACAUUAGGAACAAUGCUAGACACGGUAGUAUUUUGAAGCUCCACAUUGUUAUCCUGCAACUAAAAGGUGCUCUAUUUAAACAUCGCCCUAUGAGAAGCUACACGUCCAUUGCGAUCUGAUCGGGAUGUAAGAUCUUUCAAUGCUUAUUGGUUUUGAUCUAUUGUAAUUCCUAUCUCCCUUUUUUAGUUGAUAGAGACAGAAAUGGUAAACUUUAGAACUUGAUUGAUGCUGAUUUUAUUGGGUUUAUAUGAUGAUAUCUGAUUUUAUCUUUGA